AUGGUUAAACAGGCCAUUCAAGAUUUAGAGAACACGAACCAAGAGUUAAAAGCGGACCUCGAAAACCUCUUCAUUUGCGGCGCGGCAGAAGUUGCGAUUGCGAACCGCACCGCCGUCGUCAUCCAUGUCCCGUACAGAUACUUGAAGGCGUUCCACAAGAUCCAGCAAAGAUUGGUGAGAGAGUUGGAAAAGAAGUUCUCGAACAAAGACGUUGUUUUUGUCGGUAACAGAAGAAUUCGCCCUGUGCCGAAAGCGAACUUUGCCCGAGCGAGACCGCGUUCUCGAACGCUGACCGCCGUGCACGCCAGUUUGCUCGAGGAUUUGGUGUACCCGACGGAGAUUGUGGGGAAGAGACAAAGAUACCGAUUGGAUGGUUCUAAGUUGUUGAAGGUGUAUUUGGACCCGUCCAAGAAGACGGAGACGGAGUACAAGUUGGAAACGUUUGCUGGGGUGUAUAAGAAGUUGACUGGUAAGGACGUCUCCUUCGAGUUCCCGGCGCAACAGGCGUAA